AUGUCCGUAUCCGGCGACCUCUCAACGUUGAUGUGGAUCGGGGGGUUUGCCGGUCUGGUGACGAAAGAGGCAUCAGAGACGACAGAGUCAGCAGAACCCAAUGGCCAGACAGCGCCGCCGUUGGCAGUUCAUGGGGCUGACUCCGGUCCCGACUUGCAAGACACCAGCGGCAUCGAUUAA